GUAUCUUCUGUAUCUAUACCUGAGUAAAAUGAUUACCAUCCAGAUUUUUUACCUUUUUAAUUAUGCUGGAUUGAAGGGGUUUUUUGUUUGGUAAAUCAUCCCUCAGGUAACCUUUUUCUUCUAAAUCUGUGCCCAUACAUUUCUUGGAAAGGUCAUUAAUCUUUUUAUCCUUUUUUUCAGAAAAAGAUGCUCAUAUGACACUUUUGGAUCGAUGUUCAUUAGAUAUGAGCUCGUUAUUGCAGAAAUCUUCAGGGAAUAGUAAAGAUUACAGUUUGAAAGUUUUGUUUUAAGGGCCGGAUCCUCUGAAUCAAAAAAUUCAAAUCAAACGAGAUUCCAAAAUAUCCUUUGACUAUUUGCCAUCUAACGUUGUCAGUAAGUCAACUAUGCAAAAUCAAAAGUCCAUUGCCUGAGUUUUCUGAGUACACGUCAUAAUGGUGUCCGUUUCCCAGAAAUAUCUGACCUUAAAAAGGAUACCGGCUUGCUAAUUAAAUUCGAAAGUAGUCCAUCCAUAUCCCAACCUACACUCACACAUUUAAGUUGUUUUUAAAAAUCCCUUAUCCUGCCAGGCGAUAACCAACCACUUUCAGUGCAAAGCCGAAAUUAGAGUAAAAUCCUUUUUAACGUCCUUUUGUUCUUCCGGUCCUUCCUACCAAACAUUAUCUAGGGAAACUCAUUUCCCCUCUUUUGUGGGAAUGUGGUAAGUUCGAAUUUCGAAAACUAUGUAGGGGAAUAGUCUAGCGAACGCAGAGAUCACACUCAUACAUAUGCAGGGAGUAUAGUGCGAGGCAUAUUGACUGGGACUACAAGACCAUGUGAAAAUGAAUUUCCAUCCAAAAAGAAUUCGUCGGUGUCGAAAAAAUCUCAGUUGUGUUUUCUGUUCGGCGAGGUGAAGUUUGAAUUUCUUGGCGCUCGAUGUAUCUUUUUUCGAUUUAAAAAAAGAUAUUAAUUGAAGUAAUAAUUAGAAUAAGGAAGAUAGUGUUAUUUGAAAGCGAAGAUUACUGACUUUUGCGGAAUAUUUUUAGUGUUACUUUUGAAUUUAAACGACUCAGAUGAAGAUGAAGGAGGGAAGAUGAGGAUAGUGGAACACUGUGGAAACUCAAGAAGAGUUUAAGUUGAAACAAAUCAAUCUAGAAGUUUCAUGGAAUAUUAAACAAAGAUUGGAGGAUUUCUAAAAAAAAAACUGUUUUCGUGAUACAACCUAUAUUGAAAAUUUGUGCUAGUGCCAUUUAGGGGUAGUCUGAAAACUUACCCAACGAGUUCUCCUGUUUUGUUCCUGCUCAGUGGACUACUGGAAGAUCACACCAUCAUGCAGAACUGGGAAGCAAUGCCACAAGCCAACUACGAGCAUAAUUGGUAUGGCAUGAUUUCAUCGAUAAAACGCGAACCGAUAAGUACUUCAUACAAUGGGGAUUACCAUCUCCAGAAAACCUCCUCAAUGGAUGUAAACCACUGUUCACCCACAUCCCCAUCGACACAGCAUCAAUCCGAGAACACCAUGGAGAAUCAGAACUUCUAUGGUUUGUCCAAUAACUGUCACCCGCUCGGAUUCAACCCACUCACACCCCCCGGUUACCCAAACGCAGUUUUACCACAGAUCAAUUUCAAUCAGGAUCUGAACUUCUCCGAAGCGUCUACCUCACAAAACUCAAAUAUUCAUGGCAACAAAGUCCCCCAAACCGAAAUCACACAGUCCCUAACACCUAGUCAUACUCCCCCAAUGGACAUCACACCGCCGAAGUCUCCCAAAUCUUUCCCUGGUACGCCAGAAAAGGACAAUGAGAUGAGCUCAAAUUCAAAUGAUUCUGGCGAGGAUACGCGUUUCCCUGAAAGUGACAACGAUGAUGACACGAUAAGCAAGCCCAAAUUUAAUUCACAUGGGAAAGUGAAGAAGUUCAAAUGCAAACAAUGCAAUUUCACAGCGAUAAUAAAAGUAGACUUCUGGGCCCACGCUAGGCAACAUAUUAAGCCUGAAAAACUUCUAGAGUGUCAGCUAUGUCCAUUUGUUACAGAGCUCAAACAUCACCUGGAAUAUCAUAUCCGCAAACAUAAGAAUCUGAAGCCAUUCCGAUGCAACCAGUGCUCUUAUAGCUGCGUCAACAAAUCAAUGCUGAACUCCCAUUUAAAAUCACAUUCGAAAGUCUAUCAAUAUCGUUGCGCUGAUUGUGAUUACGCUACCAAAUAUUGCCAUUCAUUCAAACUGCAUCUCAGAAAAUACACGCACAAGCCUGACAUGGUCCUAAAUGAAGACGGAUCCCCGAAUCCACUGAUUGUUAUAGAUGUGUAUGGAACAAGGCGGGGCCCUAAAAUGAAGGGGAGAGACGCUGCAAAGAUGGUUAAGCAGGAGACCAGGGCACUGGCUAAACAUACACUGCCUGCUGCAAAGGUCCCAGAGUCCUUGGAAACUCAGUCCCGUACCCCAGCGAUCCUUGGCAAACAAACUCCGAAUCUAAUGCCAAGCUUGCUUCCGAAUACCUUUGCAGAAAUGCUGCAGCAAAACAGGCAUCUGCCCUUCUUUCCUUAUUUGAAUUUGAAUCUGCAGAUGCUGGCUGUUCAACAACAAGCUGUCUUGGCUCAACUAUCUCCGAACAUGGGACCAACGCAUCAAACCGGAGGUAGCAAUGAAACUCUCAAUAGUGAGAGAACCUACAGACAUGACUGGGAUCAUGAUGACAAUUCGGAUAACUCUGAUCAGAACAUUCACAACGCUAUGGAUCUCACCCAAUCAUCCCCUAUAAAGUCCAGUUCCUCUGAAGCACCUGAGGCAAACAACAAUAUCAACCCAGAAAAUAGAAGACUGGACAGUCCAACCCAACUGGAAAGCAUAACAACCACUCCGGUAUUAGCAUCAUCAAAGACCAGUCGCCGAAAAGGACGAGCAUUUAGAUUUGAGGCCUCCGGAAAUGACAGUCAUGACGACAACGACGAAAACACCGUGGAACCUAUGAAGCUAACAUUGCAGAACUUCCCUGAAGAAAGCAGAUCCCCAAUCCAAUCAGAUUGCGAGCGGAACGAUGGUGAAGAUAUCAACGAAGUCUGCGAGAAACUACCUCCUCCUACCUCAGCAAAUUCGAAUCCUAGCGAGUCUGAGGGUAGACUAACCACGCCGAAGAAUACCUACGAGUGCAAGUCCUGUGGAAUAUACUUCCGUGACGCGGUACUGCACACGAUACAUAUGGGAUACCACAGUUGUGAUGACGAAUUCAAGUGCAACAUGUGCGGCGAGAAAUGCGGCGACCGGUUGACCUUUUUCGUGCAUAUUGCACGCUUCCCACACUCGUAGGAUGUGGUAGACGUAGGACGCUUAGGUGUAUCUUAUUUAUAUUUGAUUGCGUAGGAGAAUUCAUCUUAAUCUUUUAUUUUAGAUUAUAGAGAUAAGAAAAUUUAGGCAGCAAAAUAUUAUCUAGUUUAAGCGUUGAAAGAUAUUUAUUUAUUUUAGAAAUUCGAAAAAAUCUUGUAUUUCUAGUUGUUUAAGGGAAAAUAUUUCAUUUAAAUUCAAUUUCUGAAGGCUCCUGUCAUAUUUAUAAUAAUAAAAUUAAAAAUUAUAUUUUUUUCUUUUUGUAAAUAUGGGAAAUAAAUUUAAAAAUAAUUAACUCAAAAUUAAUCAAUUUAUUUUCAAAUAACGAGGGGAAAAGUCUUACAAUAAAAACCAAGAGGGAGGCCUGGCUCAUUUAUAAUAGACCAAGAAGGAAUUCGAUAUUUCACAAAAGGAAUGAAGCUUCAUCCAAUACUUAAGUCAGGUCAACUACGGCCUCUUUGCAUGAACGAAGGGGGUUUCUUAGGUUAUUCAUCAAACACGGAAAAACGACUUAUCAACUCUAGCUGAAAAGAUACCGGAACAGUUUUUAUUAUUACUAAUUUUUUGUGCCCGGAUUGUGUGAAUGGGACUCGCAGCUCCUAAACUUGAUGGUUGUAUUAUUUCCCUUUGAAACUCACAAAGACCUCGCCACACUAGUCCUAUUUUUAAAGUCUGUAUUUUUAUAUAUAUAAAAAUUGUACAUAAUAUUUGUGAUAAGAUUUUAAAAACUGAAGAACCGAUCGAAAAAAUAAUUUAAUUCAUUAAUUAACAAUUAAUUCAUUUCAGAACUUCGAUCUUGAAUGAGAUUUUAUUUCUUUUACAUUUAUUAAAUAAAAAAUUUACAUAUUUAUGUCUUUUUUUAUUUUAAAAUCUCAUCCAGGUCAUAAAUUCAAAUGAAAAAAAAAAACAAAACCCAACAAACAACACAACCAAAAACAAAAAAAAAAAUAUGCAAUGAUCAUUGUUUUUACCCAAAGUUUCAUGAAAAAAAAAUAGUUGAAAAAAGUAUAUUUAAACAAUUAACAUUAAGUUGAAAAGAAACCAAAAAUUAUUAAAUGAAAUUCUGAAUGUUAUUUUUAAACUUUUAGUUCAAUUUAGUUUAUUAUCAAAAAAGGAAUGUAAUCUAAGGAAUUUUGCUGAUUAUUUAUAAAUGUGAAUAGUGUUUUUAUAAAAUAAACUUUUAAAUAUUAA